AGUGAAAUAGCACAGUAAAUUUAUAAUUGUAUUUUUCUAAAAUCAUUUACUUACUUAGUUUGUUUGAUGUUGAAAUACGUUUCUUAAAAAAUAAUUCUAUUGCAUUUCCGAAUUUAAUGGUGUCCCAGAAUGCAGAUCAGCGUUAGCAGUUUUAUUUUCACUUUCUCUAUCGCGUUCGCAAUUCAUAAAAUCAAGUUUUCAAUUCUAUGCCGCUCAGGGACACGCUUUGGUGUAGGUUGUCUAAGCCCGGAAGACCAUGGCUAGAAAGGGGCUGAUGCCACGGAGCACUGCAUUUUGCCUAUAUGUUCUUACUGCGUUCCUACUCAUCUUCCCUAUUCCCUCCGUCGCUACGACGGAACGAAGUGAUGAUGAGAAAACGUCGCCCCCUCUAGCCACUAACGGUCAACCGUUUCCCUGGCGCAAAAUGAGGCUUCCCGAAACAGUGUUGCCUCUGUACUACGACCUCUUCAUUCACCCUAACCUGACCACCCUUGACUUCACUGGGACCGUUCAUAUCCAGCUGGAAGUCCUAGAGGACACUUCAGUCAUCAUUUUACACAGCAAGGACCUCCGGAUCUCCAAGGCGGCCCUCCUAGAAUCAAGCAGAAUCCUGCCUCUGCAGGUUCUUGAGUACCCUGCCUUCCAGCAGGUGGCACUCCAGGCAGAUGGCGUAACUUUAACCCGGGGCAGCCGGUGCGCGGUGUACUUGGAAUUUGCUGCCAAUCUCUCCGAGAGCUUCCACGGGCUUUACAAAAGCACGUACCGCACGUCCGAGGGAGAGGUCAGGGUUAUGGCUUCCACCCAGUUUGAGGCCACGAGCGCCCGGGCUGCCUUCCCCUGUUUUGACGAGCCAGCCUUCAAAGCCAACUUCUCCAUCCGGAUCUGCAGGGAGGCCAGACACAUCUCACUGUCCAAUAUGCCAAAGGUAAAGACGGUGGAGCUGUCCAAUGGUCUGCUGGAGGACUACUUUGAUGUGAGUGUGAAGAUGAGCACCUACCUGGUGGCCUUCAUCGUGUCAGACUUCGUGUCUGUCAGCAAGAUGAGUCAGCAUGGAGUCAAGAUAUCAGUGUAUACUGUGCCAGAGAAGAUUGACCAGGCUGAGUUCGCUCUGAAUGCUGCUGUGAAGCUCUUGGACUUCUACGAUGAUUACUUUGAUAUUCCUUACCCUCUUCCGAAGCAAGACCUAGCGGCCAUCCCAGACUUCCAGUCCGGCGCCAUGGAGAACUGGGGCCUGACCACCUACAGGGAGUCGGCCCUCCUCUUCGACCCCAAGAAGAGCUCCGCCUCCGACAAGCUCGGGAUCACCAUGGUCAUCGCACACGAGCUGGCCCAUCAGUGGUUUGGUAACCUGGUGACCAUGCAGUGGUGGAACGACCUGUGGCUGAACGAGGGCUUCGCCAAGUUCAUGGAGUUUGUGUCCGUCAACAUCACCAACCCUGAGCUGCAAGUGGAGGAUUACUUCUUGGGGAAGUGUUUUGAGGCCAUGGAGGUGGAUGCCCUGAGCUCCUCCCAUCCGGUCUCCACGCCUGUGGAAAACCCCGCCCAGAUUCAGGAGAUGUUCGACGAUGUCUCCUAUGACAAGGGAGCGUGUAUUCUGAACAUGCUGAGAGAUUACCUCACUCCCGAGGCUUUCAAAAUCGGGAUCGUCCGAUACCUACGCCGCUACAGCUACCAGAACACGGUCAACACCCACCUCUGGGACAGCCUGACUGGGAUCUGCCAAUCAGAUAACCUGGACGAAGGGAGGCUGGGAGGAGGGUUCUGUUCUCAGGGAAAGUCCCACUCAGCAGCUUCCAAGUGGUACACGGAGGACGAGCUGGACGUCCGAGCGAUGAUGGACACCUGGACUCUGCAGGAGGGGUUCCCCUUGAUCAGUGUGGAGGUCAAAGGUCGAGAGGUCAGGCUGAGCCAGGAGAGGUACCUCAAAAGCGAGGACCCCACACAGACCUCAGGCUUCCUGUGGCAGGUUCCUUUGACCUACAUCACCAGCCGUUCCUCCACCGUCCAUCGCUUCCUGUUGAAGACCAAAAAAGACGUGCUCUACCUGCCCGAGGAGGUGGAGUGGAUCAAGUUCAACGUGGACAUGAGCGGGUAUUACAUCGUCCAUUACGAGGCGGGGGGCUGGGACCCCCUGAUCGGCCUGCUCCAGCACAACCACACCGCGCUCAGCAGCAACGACAGGACCAGCCUCAUCAACAACAUCUUCCAGCUGGUCAGCAUCGGGAAGGUCCCUCUGGAUAAGGCGCUGGACCUGUCUCUGUAUCUGAGCCGAGAGACCGAGAUCAUGCCGGUGACUCAGGGGCUCAGUGAGCUGGUGCCUCUCUACAAGCUGAUGGAGAAGAGGGACAUGGAGGAGCUCGAAAACCAGAUGAAGGGCUACAUCGUGCACCUCUUCCGGGGCCUGAUCGACGGCCAGUCCUGGACGGACGACGGCACGGUGUCCCAGAGGAUGCUGCGCAGCUACCUGCUGCUGUUCGCCUGCGUGCGCGGCCACCCUCCCUGCGUCCGCACCGCCACCGAGCUCUUCCGCCAGUGGAAGGAGUCCGACGGAAACAUGAGCCUUCCCAACGACGUCAGCCUGGCUGUUUUCACGGUGGGCGCGCGCACUCCGGAGGGGUGGGACUUCCUGUUCGAGAAGUACCGCCAUUCGCUCUACAUAUCGGUGAAGAGCCGCAUCAAGUCGGCCCUCUCCAUCAGCCCCCUCUCCCACAAGCUGAAGUGGAUGAUGGAGCAGAGCCUGCAAGGUGAGGUGAUGAAGACUCAGGAUCUUCCCUACGUGGUGGUAACUGUCAGCAAAAACCCAAAGGGCUACAAGCAUGCCUGGGACUUCCUGCGGGACAACUGGGGCACCCUGGUGAAAAAGUUUGACCUCGGCUCUCACUCCAUCUCGCACAUGGUGAUCGGGGUGACCAACCAGUAUUCCACCAGGGAAAUGCUAGAAGAGGUCAAAGCGUUCUUUGGCUCUCUGACGGAGCAGACGGGGUCAGGGCUGAGAUGCCUUCAGCAGGCCCUGGAGAGCAUCGAGGAGAACAUCCGCUGGAUGGACAAGAACCUGCCGCUGCUCCAGGGAUGGCUGGACAGAUGGGGGCCAAAGCCAGGGGCCUGAGUUCUGGAACUGGAGACAUGGUCCGUGUGCCUCAAGAAGGACUGAGGAGCUGUGUUCAUAAAAUGCCAAUUAAAUCAUUUCCUACAAGUGUCAUUGGAUACAAUUAUACAAAAAAACUGUAAUUUCCCCACUUCGGUAGUAGCAUAAGUUACAUUUCUGAUGGAAAAACCUCUUGAAUCAUGGAUAUGAAAGGAGCCUUUCAGGCACAAUCAGAAUUUCUUGUGAACUUCUGGAUUAUUCAAAAAAGUUCAUUAAUUUGUGUUGACUAUUGUUGACACUGACUGUUUUUAUGAAUGUGCCCAUCCUCACCCCUUACCCGCUCUGUUGUAAUCAUUACUUCUGGUGGAAGGGGUGGGUGGUGGGGGGGUGGCACUUGCAGGUAGUCUGUCGUCGUGGAGAUAACACCCAACAAGGUGACAGACUGCUGAGAGCUUCACCGGCAUAUAGAUCAGGGGUGUCAAACUAAAUUCCCAGGGGGUCACAGUGUCGGCAGGUUUUCGGGAUUUCCUUUCAGUCGGCCAAUUAAGGCCCUUAGAAUAAGGAGUGCCGAUUCUUUAGCCAAUCGACUGCUUAAAUGAACCACUGGUGCUGAGAACCCUCCCUGAAAACCCAGUAGACACUGCGGCCCUCCAGGACUGGAGUUUGACACCUGUGGUAUAGACGUUAGUCGCUGAGAGAAUUUGUUUGAGUAGAAUGCUUUGCCUUUGUUUUCUUUCCAUUUGUAUUUCGUAUUGACUCUUACGGAUACUGUUGCACUAAAAUUGAUUCACAAAUACCCGUUUAGCCUCUCAAGUUGGCCCUCUACAAAACCUGUAGAACAUGCUGCCUUUAUUUUACAUAUUUUGCUGAAGGGUGUAUUGUUUUUGCUGUCAAUCUUCUAUUUGCUGUUAUUGUGUGUGUGCGUGCAUUAAUUUAAUUUGGGUAUUUCCUUAUUUUGUUUUGGU